CAACCGUGGUUUAAAAACACACGCACAUAGUCAGAUUGUUACUGAGAUAUCCCCUAGGCUAGUAAACAGUAAAAGGAACAAAAAGCCUUCAACAUUGCAAUUGCCAGCUCAGCAGAUUUGACAAAAUUAUGUGAAGAGCAUUUAAUCAUGGAAAAACACACUAUGUUGGGCCAAAACACCUUGAGAUAUUUUAGCUUAUUCAUCUUGACUUUACAGACAACUCUGACAGUUUUGGCAAUGCGCUAUUCACGAAAACAAACAGAAGGAGCAAAAGAUUUAUAUAUUGCCACCACAUUGGUUCUUGUUUCAGAACUCAUCAAGCUUAUGUUCUGCCUGAUUCUUCUGCUUAUUCAGAAAUCAGGCUCUAUAGAACAGCUUUUAAAGACUUUGGGAUCUGAAGUUAUUUUCAAGCCAUCAGAGACUGCCAAACUUGCCAUUCCUAGCUCAUUAUAUACUAUUCAAAAUAAUCUGAUUCUAUUAGCUCUGUCUUCCCUGGAUGCAGCAACUUUUCAAGUCACUUAUCAGUUGAAAAUUUUGACAACAGCCUUCUUUUCAGUUUUACUUCUGAGGAAAGAAAUCAAGGCAUUUCAAUGGUUAGCCCUAAUUGUCUUGAUGGGUGGUGUGAUACUUGUCCAGUUUUCUUCUGAUGGGAAGCAAAAAGAAGCUAGUGUAGUUCCAAUCAACCCACACAAACAUUUGAUUGGUAUGUUAGCAGUAGUUGCUUCAUCCUUAUCAAGUGGGUUUGCUGGCGUUUACUAUGAAAAACUUUUAAAGGAAAGUGCGCAACCGUCUGUAAUCAUUCGAAACAUUCAGCUUGGUAUUUUUUCAAUAAUAUUUGGAACCGCUGGAGUCGUUAUAAAUGAUUGGGACAAAGUAUCCCAACGUGGAUUUUUUGACGGAUAUACUUCCGUUGUCUGGCUAGUUAUAAUGCUCCAAGCAAUGGGAGGUCUAGUUGUAGCAGCCGUGAUCAAAUAUGCUGACAAUAUUUUAAAGGGAUUUGCAACAUCAGUCUCCAUAAUUUUAUCUUGCCUUUGUUCUUACGUUGUUCUCCAUGACUUGAACCUGGAUCUGACGUUCGUUUUUGGGACUGGAUUAGUCAUCUUGGCGACUUUUAUGUACGGAAUCCAGUCACACAGCACACCCUGUCUUGGCAGCAACAACUCAAACAGUUUAAUAGUUGACAAAGACGGAAACGAAGAUAUUAACCGUUCGUCGUACACAAAGGUAAAUAACGAUCGAACUUACCAAAAACUUUCCAGCACAAUUUAAACCUUGUCCUACGCCGCUUGGUUGUCCAUAUUGUUGUCAUUUAAUUAGUUAGUAAUUGUAUUUGUUAUUUAAUUGAAGUCCUUGUGAACGUGCAGCUCAAAAUCAACGCUAUGAAGAUCUUAUACCCCAUGUUGUUUGUUAUCUUGUAUCUUUGUUUAAUUUUUUAAUUUAAAAUUCCUUUCAUUGUAAAAUCCUUGCCCUCCAAAAGAACCAAACCUGCAGAGCAAUUUUUUUUCUCUCUCAGUUGUCUGAUUUUAGUAGCAACAUGACUCGCAGUAAAGAAUACCAGUUUCUAUUUCAAGCCAGCUAAAGGUAAAGUCCUCGUUUUCUGUCGGGGCUUCAAUGAACAAGUUUUGUAAAUACAAAUUUCCAGGCUAUCUGAAAGAA